CAUAACUCCACCAGCUUCUUCAUGCGGGUAUCUAGUUAGUGGGGUAGGAGGGGCAUACUUUCAGUCCUUUAUUACAAAUUCGUUCACUGGUCUUCUCUGUGAAAGCACAUUCUACGACGGAUUUUGAGACUGAGCAUACUUUUUAGAUCUGACAGUCUCCUCAUUCGUUUGAGAGAAGGGCGAAAUGGCGGCCGAAACAUUUGAGCAAAGAGUUGAGAGAGCGUGUAAUGAUUUGGAGAUCCCGGGCCUGGUGAUGGUUGCUGGAGAUCGAGAUGGGAAAUUCUAUUAUGAGAAGGCAAUUGGGAACCGAAGUCUCAAGGACGGGAAGCCAGAUCCAAUGCCACUGGAUGCCACGAUGUGGUUAGCAUCUUGUACAAAACUCAUCACGUCCGUUGCUGUCAUGCAGUGCGUUGAAAAGGGACUCUUGAAACUAGACGAUGAUGUUUCUACCAUUCUGCCGGAGCUGAAGGACAUGGAUGUGCUUGUUGAUUUUGAGACAGGUCCACAUGGGAAGGAUAAACCUGUGUUGAAGAAGAAUACUAAGACUGUCACUUUAAGAAAUCUUCUCACUCAUACAUCCGGACUUAGUUAUGAUGUCUUCAACCCUGUCCUCAUGCGAUACCGUGCUACCCAAGGCAUCCAGCCCUCACUUUACGUUACAAGACCACCCAAAGAAGCCUUUCAUUUCCCGCUCCUUUUCCAACCCGGCGAGCAGUGGGAGUAUGGCGUCGGUCUGGACUGGGCUGGCUGGAUGGUCGAACGAGCGACCGGAGUCAACCUAGAAGAGUACUUCAAAAAGAACAUCUGGGGACCACUUGGGGUGAAAAGCAUGUCUUUCUACCCCAACAAGAACCCAGCGAUCAAAAGUAAAUUGGCAGAUAUGAGUAUUCGAGAAGGAGGAAUCACCAUGUUUGGGAACCCCGCGGAGCCGAACGGCAAAACGAUCUAUAUCGAUGACAAUAUCUAUAGUCUGGAUAUGACAGAAAGUACUGGAGGAUCGGGACUGUUCGGUGCUCCAUUGGAUUACUUCAAGUUGUUGCAGAGUCUUCUGCGUAACGAUGAGAAGGUGCUCAAAAAGGGAACCGUGGAUGACAUGUUCAAACCACAACUCAGCCCUGCUCAAAUUUCAUCAUUCGAGGCAAAGCUCGCUAUUCCAGAGGUCAAUGUGCAGAUGAGCGACCUUCCGGCAGGAACCAAAGUCGAUUAUGGGCUUGGUGCGGGGCUGAUCAAAAACGAUAUUCCAGGACGUUGGAAGGCAGGGACAUUGUUUUGGAGUGGAUACCCAAAUUUGCAUUGGUACAUUGAUCGCGAGAGCGGUAUUGCUGGUAUGAUUGGUUCGCAGCUCCAUGCUCCUGGAGAUCCGAAGUUCGUCGAAUAUGCCAAGUUGUGGGGAGAGGAGAUGUUUCGGCAGCGGGGAAAAGAGAAACUAUGAAGAUAGGGGUAUGAGGGCUUAUGAAAACCCAACGAUUGAG